AUGAAGAUUGAGGAUCUUCAACUUUGGCAAAAUGCAGGACUAGCUUCAGACAAUAGCCAAGCACCACUUGCAAUGUGUCUCGACUCUCUCGCCCCACAGAGUCCGGCAGAUGAUGUCGUGCCAGAAGAGGCCAUUGCCAAAGACUUGAUUUGCAUCCUCAGCAAAGUAAUCAAUUUCGUCACGGCUGGAGACGCGGUCUAUCCACGAGACUAUGCCUUGCCCGAGGGCCAGCGCGUUACGUUGGCGGUUGCACAAGAUAUACUGUCACAACAUUGGCACAACAUUAGGACUGAGCUCGAAAAAUGGCAUGGAAACCUUCCACAAUCUUGUUCUUCUACAUCUCAUACUACGGCUGAUACUAUGGAGGACUCGUUGCCAGAUUCGGCACAUGAGCGACAGCAUGGUUUUCCCAAGAUUUACUACGAGACUCCGAUUUGCGCUGCCACAAUGCUGUCCUUUCACAUGGCCAGCAUACUGCUCUACGCAAAUCGUCCAAUGGAGUCGACGGCAAUUCGGUCCUCGGUCUCGGCACGGUUGCGCCACUAUCAGCAGGACAUGCAGCGCACCAAUCGACACGCCCGAGACGUAUGCGGUAUCGUGGGUCAGGAGCGCUCAGAGUCUGUUCUGGUCCAUGCUAUUCAACCGCUAUUCGUGGCCGGACAGGUGUUCUCCACGCUGCAGGACCAAGCGGCAGUAUCUAGCUUGUUGAAAAAUAUUGAGGAUAAGACUGGAUGGUCGACAUCGUGGUUUAUUGAUACAAUGCGGAAAAAUUGGAACGCGUGA